AUGAGCUACAACGGAAGUAUAAACGUUUCUCAUGAUGCUAUGGUUAUUAAACCCGAACACCGUCCUAUGCUUCAGAGCAAUUCACCUAGAAGCCAUGGUUCCAAAGGAAAUGCUCUACCUCAAGAUUCAGAAGAAAAUAGAGGAUCAGUCGGUGGUCAGAGUAGCACUAGUGUGGUUGAUCAGGUCCGGACGCCACCUGAAGAUGCCGGCGUCACUUCUUCAUCCACCAUUUGUCCAGCUCCUGUUUGUAGGCAAUUCUGGAAAGCUGGAAACUACAAUGAUGAAUUGACUUCAAAGUCUCAGCAGCCAACUGGAAAAAAUUAUCUUCAUGUGCACCCUAUGUUCCUUCACUCCAAUGCUACUUCGCAUAAAUGGGCUUUUGGCGCUGUUGCAGAACUGCUUGACAAUGCUGUUGAUGAGAUCCAAAAUGGGGCCACUUUUGUCAUUGUAGAUAAAAUCACGAAUCCAAGGGAUGGUACAACAGCAUUGCUAGUUAAAGAUGAUGGUGGUGGGAUGAAUCCUCAGGCAAUGCGGCAUUGCAUGGGUUUUGGAUUCUCAGAUAAGAAAUCGGAUUUAGCCAUUGGAAGAUAUGGAAAUGGUUUCAAGACCAGCACAAUGAGACUUGGGGCAGAUGUCAUUGUUUUCAGCCGCCAUUUGAAGAACCAAACAUGGACACAAAGUAUUGGGCUCCUUUCUUACACAUACCUGACACGUACUGGCCAUGAUCGAAUAGUUGUUCCCAUUUUGGAUUACGAGUUUAAGGCAUCAGUUAGCAAGUUUGAGACAUUGCAAGACCGAGAACAUUUUAUAUCCAGUCUCUCCAUUCUGCUAGAAUGGUCUCCAUUUUCAACAGAGGCAGAACUUUUGCAGCAGUUUGACGACGUUGGACCACAUGGGACAAAGGUUAUUAUCUAUAAUAUGUGGCUCAACAGCGAUGCUAAAUUGGAAUUAGACUUUGACUCGGUUGCAGAGGAUAUUCUCAUUGAAGGAAAUGUAAAAAAAACUGCAUGUAAGAUUGCGAAUAAUCAUAUCGCAAACCGGUUUUCUUACUCUCUUCGCGUUUACCUAUCCAUAUUAUACUUGCGGAUUCCUACGACUUUCCAGAUAUUGUUGCGUGGUAAGGUUGUGGAGCAUCAUAACAUUGCUGAUGAUCUCAUGCAUCCGCAGUACAUCUUGUAUAAGCCUCAUGCUGCUGGACAUGAAGAGGCUGAAGUUGUAACGACGAUUGGAUUUCUGAAAGAAGCUCCCAAAGUAAACCUACAUGGGUUCUGUGUUUACCACAAAAACCGCCUAAUAAUGCCAUUUUGGCAGGUCGUGAAUUAUACAAGCAGUCAAGGACGAGGAGUUGUUGGUGCUCUAGAAGCUAAUUUUGUUGAGCCAACCCAUAACAAGCAGGAUUUUGAGAAAACUGUCCUCCUUCAGAAACUUGAAAACCGUUUGAAGGAAAUGACAAUCGAGUAUUGGAAGUGCCAUUGUAUGUUGAUUGGGUAUCAAGAUAGAACGAAGCCUCGUCUUAAGGUACCUCAAAAUGUUCGACCUGGCGGUAGGACAAAUGGCAACAUGACACAGAAGAAUUCUGCUGGAGACAGUUGCAGACAAGCAAUAAGUCCUCCUCCAGGCUUCCGAGCAGUUUUUUCGAAUGCAAAUUUGGCAUCUCUCCCUAGGGUUUCAGUUGAGCCAGUGGUGUUGGAGAAGAGGAAAGAACAUCCUGAUUUUGUUGCAAGUGCAGCGUCAAAGAGAAAGGUGGGAAGCGAUGGCUCUACUGUCCCGGUGCAGAAUCGGGCUGAACAGUUUAUUCAUGGAUCUGCAAAUCGGUCACAAGAUAUUGAAACCGUCAAGUUGAUGGAAGAAAACAAGAAGCUCCAAGCAAAAUGCUUGGACCACAAGAUGCGGAGCCAAAACCUUGAAGUGAAGGCCUUAAAUCUGAGGAGUGAGCUGGAGAACGUUAAAAGUGAGUAUGAAAGGUUGAUGAUAGAGCUACAAGCUUUGGAUUUGGUGAAAGAUGAGCACAGAAGAAAUAUGGCGGAGGAUUUCGCUAGGGCGGUGGACGAUGGUCUUAAACUCGCGAAACGGAUAUAUUUCGGGAAAGACAGAGCGGUUGCGGCGCCGAGACCACCGUCGACGAUGGAGAGAUCGUCUACGACGUCGUCGGCGACGCAGGCUUAUCUACCUUCGGCACCGAUGGUUUACGCCGUUGUACCCGACCCGGGAAUUGUGGAUAACCCGGACCUACCUAGCUAUCAGCCUCACGUGCACGGCAGGUGCGACCCACCGGCUUUGAUUCCUUUGCAGAUGAACGCGAUUGAGCUCGACGUUGAUUGUUAUCUCGACACGGCUCUUGUUACCGUCACCGGAUCGUGGCGUGUCCAUUGCGUUAUGGGAAGCAAGAGAUGUGAUUGCCGAAUCGCUAUUCCUAUGGGAGAACAGGGUUCAAUUCUAGGUGUUGAGGUUGAGAUUCUGGGAAGAUCUUACACAACCCAAUUGAUCACAGCCGAAGAUGGAAACGAAUUGGAGAAAACGGCACAAGCUGAAAAUGGUGGCUUCUUGAAACCAAACAUAUUCACCCUCACAAUACCUCAGGUUGAUGGAGGUACCAACCUCUCUAUCAAGAUGUCUUGGUCUCAGAAGCUGACGUAUAAUGAAGGGCAGUUUUUUCUCGACAUUCCUUUCAACUUUCCUGAGUAUGUGACUCCUGCGGUAAAGAAAAUCUCAAAGAGAGAAAAGAUACACUUGAGUGUUAAUGCUGGUACGGGAACAGAAGUUCUUUGCAAAGGAUGCAGUCAUCCACUAAAGGAGAAAUUGCGGAGCGCUGGGAAGUUGAGGUUUCAAUAUGAAGCAGAUGUUUUAAAGUGGACGAACACAGAUUUUAGCUUUUCUUAUACGGCAUCUUCAAGUAAUAUAGUUGGUGGGCUUUUCCUUCAAUCUGCGCCUGUUGAUGAUGUUGAUCAGAGAGAUAAAUUCUCUGUCUAUCUUUUUCCAGGAAAUCAGCGAAGUACCAAGGCAUUCAAGCGGGAGGUAGUANUUGUUGUUGAUUUGAGUAGAAGCAUGACUGGAAAGCCUCUCGAGGAUGUAAACAAUGCAAUAUCCACAGCUCUAGCUAAGCUAAAUCCUGGAGAUUCCUUCAACAUCAUCACUUUCAGUGAUGAUACUUCUCUGUUUUCGACGUCCAUGGAGUUGGUUACUUCAGAUGCUGUUGAAAGAGGCAUUGAGUGGAUGAACAAGAACUUUGUCGUUGCAGAUGGUACAAAUAUGCUCCCUCCCCUAGAAAAGGCUGUGGAAAUGCUCUCCAAUACUCGUGGCUCUAUUCCUAUGGUCUUCUUCUUAACAGAUGGGUCUGUUGAAGAUGAGAGACACAUUUGUGAUGUAAUGAAGAAACGUCUUGCUAGUGCUGGAUCAGUGUAUCCUCGAAUACACACUUUUGGGCUAGGUAUAUUCUGUAAUCACUACUUCCUGCAAAUGCUUGCAAAUCUAUCCAGGGGCCAGCACGAAUCAGUUUAUAAUACAGAUCACAUCGAGGAACGAAUGGACAAAUUGUUUACAAGGGCUUUAUCCACCGUUCUUGCAAAUAUAACAAUCGAGCCCCUGCAAAAUCUAGAUGAAGUUGAGGUCUACCCUUCGGAUAUUCCUGAUCUGACGUCUGCAAGUCCAUUGAUGAUAUAUGGGAGAUACCGAGGAAAGUUCCCUGAGAAUGUGAAAGCCAGAGGUCUGCUAGGAGACUUGAGCAGCUUUUCUACAGAUUUGACUGUACAAAGUGCAAAAGACAUGCCUCUUGAUAAAGUAUUUGCAAAGAAUGUAAUUGAUAUGCUUACUGCUGAAGCAUGGUUCUCUGAAGAUAAACAGCUAAUAGAAAAGAUUGCUAAACUAAGCAUCCAAACUAGUGUUCCAUGUGAGUAUACUCGAAUGAUUCAAUUGGAGAACACAGAAGAAGCAUCGAAACCCAGCGACACUGGCGCAAAGAAAAAGACAGCGAGCAACGGUGAGAAACAAAAGAUGAUAUCAAGAACGAUCCCACUACAAAGCCUCGGAAUAGGGUUUGGUGAUACAACAGCCACCAGAGAAAAUGUUCCACCGGGAUUUGGAGAACAGAGAGCACCUGAUGCUGCUGAGAAGUUCGUCAAGGCUGCCUCGAGCUGUUGUGUCUCCUUGUGCAACAAAUGCUGCUGCAUGUGUUGUGUCCAGUGCUGCUCUAAGCUCAACGAUCAAUGCGUCCUUGUCUUCACACAGCUCUUCACAGCGAUUGCUUGCAUCGCCUGCUUUGAAUGUUGCUCAAAUGUUUGCUGUGCUGGAGACGACGGGUAG